UUCAUUCUUAAUGGAUGUUUGUAAGCACUCUUCGUACACCACUACUAAUACUGUUGCUGACAUUUUGCAAACAUUUGUUUACAUGCUACAUUUGGAAGUGCUCUAUUUUUGGACAUAAUGUACCUAAUUUCAGUUCUCCUGCAAGAUGCUGUUUGUUCCAAAUGGGACGCAACAUCUAGCGGAUGCUCCUUAAAAUUUCGACAUUUGUUAAAUAAACGUUAGUGAAAUUAGUAAGUAAACAUUUUAAGUGGUUAGGAAUCACUAAUCAAUUUCUAGUCCCAUUUUUCAGUUUUCUUUUUUGCUCGGUUUAGGGGGGCAUUCUUGGGUUAUGACACUUAUUUUCCAACCAGCACAGCUGCCUAGUGACUGCACAGUUAGUCAGUACCCACCCACGCCCAACUAGAAGCGUUUUCCAGGGAUUCUGCAGCCGGGCGUUCGGGGAGACUCUGGGGAAGGUGCCAGCGAGACCUCAGCCCUCUCCCGGGAGCGCCCGACACUCCCCUCUCCUGGGAUUCCAGCCCAGCCGUCCAGCUCACAUGACUUCAUCCAAGCAAGCUUGUCCCCUCGGACAGCAAAUUACUCAUAGCCUCUCUACCUUGCUGACUCCAAAUGCAGACGUUCCCAUCCCCCUCCAAAGGGAACUACAAAGUUAGGACCACCAACCGAAAGGGGGAAAAGGGGUCUCGCUCAACACAAACGCGACCCCUUUUCUUUCCCAGCCGUAUCACUCCUGGGAUUGUUAGUCGGCUUCCGCGCGCCUGGAGGACCCCGUCCCCCGCAGACUGCCAGCCAAGGCACAAGAAGAAAACGCAGGCAUUAUUGCCACUCUCCUGUAUGAUUAAUCAAAGGAGAAGUCGGGUGGAGGGGACGCUUUGGUUGGACCUGUUUUGGAGGGGCAGUUUCUGGGCAGGUUCUGGGCAGGCAGCGCUGAGGUCACCCCGAUUCCCGACAGGCUCCACGCGGGGGCCAUUCUGGGCUCCUUAGCCGUGGCCGCCGCUGUCGCUGCUGCCGCCGCCGCCGUUGUUGGGGGUUUGGUGAGACGGUAGCCUGUCGCGGACCCCGUAGGGUCCGUGUCAGUCGCUGUUUUUGCCUGAGGGGUCCUCCUUCCUCCGCCGCACCCUGACUCCCGUGGUGUCGACGGGGAGUCCCUGCGGACACCUCGGCACGCAGUGGAGAUGCCUCUCUUUGCCACUAAUCCCUUCGAUCAGGAUGUCGAGAAAGCAACUAGUGAGAUGAAUACUGCUGAAGAUUGGGGUCUCAUUUUGGAUAUUUGUGAUAAAGUCGGUCAGUCUCGCACUGGACCUAAAGAUUGUCUUCGGUCUAUUAUGAGGAGGGUGAACCAUAAAGAUCCUCAUGUUGCUAUGCAAGCUCUGACUCUUCUAGGAGCAUGUGUAUCAAACUGUGGCAAAAUUUUUCACUUAGAAGUAUGUUCAAGAGAUUUUGCUAGUGAAGUAAGCAACGUAUUAAACAAGGGUCAUCCUAAAGUGUGUGAAAAAUUAAAGGCCCUUAUGGUUGAAUGGACAGAUGAAUUUAAGAAUGAUCCACAGCUCAGUCUAAUAUCGGCAAUGAUUAAGAACCUUAAAGAACAAGGAGUUACGUUUCCAGCUAUUGGCUCUCAGGUAGCUGCAGAACAAGCAAAAGCAAGCCCAGCUCUGGUAGCCAAGGAUCCUGGUACUGUGACUAACAAAAAAGAAGAAGAAGAUUUAGCCAAAGCCAUUGAGCUGUCCCUGAAGGAACAAAAACAGCAGUCCACCACCCUUUCCACUUUGUAUCCAAGUACAUCCAACCUCUUAACUAACCACCAACACGAAGGCCGAAAAGUUCGUGCUAUAUAUGACUUUGAAGCUGCUGAAGAUAAUGAACUUACUUUUAAAGCUGGAGAAAUUAUUACUGUUCUUGAUGACAGUGAUCCCAACUGGUGGAAAGGUGAAACCCAUCAAGGCAUGGGGUUAUUUCCCUCUAAUUUUGUAACUGCAGAUCUCACUGCUGAACCAGAAAUGAUAAAAACGGAGAAGAAGACGGUACAAUUUAGUGAUGAUGUUCAGGUAGAAACAAUAGAGCCAGAGCCAGAGGAACAAGCCUUUAUUGAUGAAGACAAAAUGGACCAAUUGCUACAGAUGUUGCAAAGUACAGAUCCCAGUGAUGAUCAGCCAGAUCUUCCGGAGUUACUUCAUCUUGAAGCAAUGUGUCACCAGAUGGGACCUCUUAUUGAUGAAAAGCUGGAAGAUAUUGAUAGAAAACAUUCAGAACUCUCAGAACUUAAUGUUAAAGUGAUGGAGGCACUUUCAUUGUAUACCAAGUUAAUGAAUGAAGAUCCAAUGUAUUCCAUGUAUGCAAAAUUACAGAAUCAGCAGUAUUAUAUGCAGUCAUCUGGUGUUUCUGCCUCUCAGGUAUAUCCAGGGCCUCAAAGUGGUACUUACCUGCUUGCAGGGAAUGCCCAGAUGAGCCAUCUCCAGAGCUAUAGUCUUCCUCCAGAGCAAUUGUCUUCCCUCAGCCAAGGAGCAGUUCAACCCUCUGCAAACCCUGCCCUUCCUGCUCAGCAGACUCAGGCUUCUUAUCCUAGCUCAAUGGUCAGUUCUGUUCAAGGAAAUACAUAUCCCAGCCAGGCGUCAGUAUAUAGUCCUCCUCCUGCUGCUGCUCCUGCUGAUGUCACUAUAUACCAGAAUGCAGGAACUAAUAUGUCCCAUGUGCCAAACUAUAGUUUAACAUCAUCAGCACUGCCUCAACCAGGAGGCAGUCAACAGCCACCUCAGCCACAGCAACCAUAUUCUCAGAAGGCUCUGCUAUAGGAUUUGGGAUUCCUCUUUGAUCUGCUAAAUGCCGCUGACAAUGUUAGAGAUUCUUUUGAUAUCUUAAGGUUUGUUUAUCCUCAGCUUAUAGGAAUCUGUCGUGGUCAACAAGUUCAAAUAUUCAAGAUUAUGUUGUCAAGAAGGUAGAAUUCUCUUCAGUUUGCAUUGACUUUUCAGAGGUUCUCCAACCCCCCAUCUCUCCCAAAGGAAUGAAACUACUUACAACAUUUAAUUCUUUUCAUCAUAUGAAAGAAUUGAUAUAAGAUUAUUUGUCUCAUAAAAUUACCUGGUCUGCAAGAAGUCAAACUUAACAAAAAUUGUUGUGGCAAAUAUUAUGUACAUAUAUUGCUGUGUAACUUCAUUAGUGGCCAUUUUUGAAUCACAGUGGUGAUCAUGUGAAUAUAUUUAACACUGUUAAAUUAAUUUACAUUGCUAUUUUAUUUUAAUCAUGAACAACUACCAUGUUUCAUAAUGUUUUGUGUAAAUUUAAGGUAAUUACACUAUCCUUUUAAAGUGUAAGAGAACAAAGUUGUAGCAUAUUUACAUGAAAGUAUUAUAUUAGUGUUUUGGUUUUACAUUAAACUGAACUUUCCUUUUACUGAUUGUGAAUUAAACAUAUGUACAUUAUGUCUUUCUGUAGCCUCUGCAUACUACUAGCUGUCAUCACACCAGCAUACAGUAGCUAAAUUUUUGGUGCAGUUAUAACAAAUAAUGUUCCCUUUGAAACUUUUACAUUUUGGCAUGAUAUUUCAGAAUAUUGUGGGACCAUGACACAAAAUUAAGUUAGGAUCAUGUUCUUUAUAUCUUAUUUUUAAAGAAAUAAUGUUGAUUUACUUUUUCCUAGUUGAAGAUAGUAAUUAGGUUUAUAAACUGUAUACUGUGUUUAUUGGUGGCAGUGACACCAAAGAUAGAGGCAGUGGAUAGAAAUUUGUAAACUGGAAAGAAACCAUAAAUAACACUACAUUCUCAAAGUCUCUUGUAAUUAUUUAGGAUAUUAAAAAUUGAUUCAUUUGCCUUAUCUCACUACUAGUCUUUUAAAUAUGUCUUUAACGCAUUGUAUUCCUUAAUUCUUCAUUAAAAUGGAUAUUAGCAGAUGUUUCAAAGUAA